AUGUUUUCCAGGUACGCUUUACAUUGGCAAGGCCAGAAUAAAUCCAACAUGUCCAGUCCGGCGCCUCCAACCCCUGGGCGCAGUUCACCUCCGGACGCUCUUCCAACUGCCACUGAGAAUGGUUCGGCUAACGCCAGCUCUCAAACCGUAAGACGAACAUCUCUAGGUUUCCUUCGUCGUUCAAAGUCGACCGAACCUCUCAGCGGGGAUCGCAAAGCUUCGGGAGGAAGGAUGAGUAAAAGGAUGCAAAAGGAAAUGGCUAAAGAAGAACUGUUGCGACGACAGCGCGAAGCUGGUGCUGUCGCGAAAUAUGCCCCUCGUCUGCCAGAUUUGCCCGCUCCUCCCCAGCUGAAAACCUUUGGCGGUGAAAAUGCUCGACAGAUGAACACGACUGCUAUUUCGAACAGCGGUGGGAGCUACAUUGAUCCGAACGCACCCGCCUCCCCAUAUUCCGGCGCAGCUGGCGGAAGAGGUAGCGAGGUUAUCGACCCGUACGCGAGAACAGAGAGCAUGACACAUCGUGGCCGAUACAGCUAUGCGAGCAGCGCAGUCAGCACUAUCAAUAGCCCACGGAGGGUGAGAAGACGCAAAGACCCAACCCCAUACAACAUUCUUGUUAUCGGUGCUCGAAAAUCUGGAAAGACUUCCUUUCUCAAUUUCUUGCGUACCUCCCUCCAGCUUCCCCCGAAGAAACGCCCUACACGAGCUCCAGAUGAAUUCGAGGAGCCCGUGCAAAUGGACUGGAGUCAAAUGUUGUUGAUCUGCAGCUUCGUGGGAUCACAUCCUUUUUAG